GUAAUCAGCAACAGUUAGUAGAGAUAGGGCCCUAUUUUAGUAUUGCUCCAGCAUUAAGUAGUCAUUGGUUAUGGUUUUUGUAAAAAUAAGACUAUAUCUAUAAGUCCGACCCUUAGGUUUUGACAGGAAAUUCAACGUCUAAUGAUUUAGACCGUGUGCGUGCUCGAAAUUCGAAUUUCAAAUGAUUGUAAGUUGUCAGUUUGUCACCUGAUGCUCUGAUCUAUUUUCGUUAUAACUUGAUACACGAUUUAUGUCUAGUUCUUCAACUCCUUCAAUGGUUGAGUAUUGGAAUUUUUUAAAAUCAUCCAAGUUCAUCAUUUUUUUUUUAUAUAGUUUCAUUAUUUCAUAUUCCUAAGCAAAAUAUUAUUUGGAGUAUUUUGGUCUAUAAAAAUCAAAUUUUGGACAAAUAAACGGAGAAGUGAAUCAACUUUUUGCGAGGUAAAAAGAAAUAACGAUUAUUUAAUUGUUACGAAGAAAAUUAUAAAUUUAAAAUGGAAUAUACUAAUCAAAUAAUGAAGCACUGAAAUAUAAUAUCCAAGUUAUGAAAAUGUAACAAAAUAUUAAUGGUAAUAUUGAUUAUAUGAAUGAAUUUAAAGACUUUAAUAUUUUUAUAAAUGUUAUAAAGGUAAACAAAAACCAAAAAUGCAAAAAAAAGUUAAAUUUAUAGAAUUAAAAAAAAUUAACAAUAGUAAUGAUGUACAUAAUGAAAGUUUUGAAAACAAAAAUCCUAAAAAGAAAAAACAUGGUCAAAUUUCAACAGUGUUGAAUACUCAUACAAAAGAAAACACUUGUGAAAAAGAUAUUGAACAAAAUAUUCAUGGUUUUAGUGAGAUUCUGAGUACUAAAAAGAAGUCUAUUAAUGCUUCAGAAAAUAUGUCUAAGAAAUAUAAUUAUUGCAUACAUAACGAAAUUGAUGAAAUGAAAAAUUUAAGUAAAAAAAAGAAAUAUAUUAAAAGCUUAAAUUUAAUAGAAAGUAAUAGUAAUAAUUAUGCCAGAAACAAAAUGUUUGAAAAAACUAAUGAAGAAUUUAAUGAACAAAAUAUUAUUGGUUCUGAUUCAAGAAACAAUGUAAGCCAAAAAAAAAAAUCUGAAAUAAAUGCUUUAGCAGAUAAUAAUUGUAGCGUAGAUAAUGAGAACAUUCAAAUUAAAAAACCUAAAAAGAAGAAUAAGUAUGUUAAAGGUUUAAAUUCUAAAGAAUUAAAUUCCUAUCAUGAUAUUGAAAACAAAACAUGUGAAGAAGUUUGUGAACAAAAUAUUAAUGAUACUGAUUCCUGGGAAAAUUUAAACCAAACAAUAAAGUCUGAAUUAAAUACUAUAGCAAAUAUUUCCCUGGAAAAUAAUUUUAAAAUAGAUAAUGAUAAUGUCACCACUAAAAAACUAAAAAAAAAGAAAAAGCACAAUAAAAGUUUAAAUUUGAUAGAAUUAAGUACCAAUAAUGAUACAGAAAUCGAAUCAUUUGGAGUAAGUUGUGAAGAAUUUAAUUAUCAAAGUAAAAAUGAUUCUAGUUUCACUGAAAACAUAAGUCAAAAAACAAACCCUUCACCAGAUAUUUCAUUGAAAAAUAAUUCUAGCAUAGAUAAUGAGAACAUUGAAACUAAGAAACUAAAAAAAAAGAAAAAACACAAUAAAAGUUUAAAUUUGAUAGAAUUAAGUACCAAUAAUGAUACAGAAAUCGAAUCAUUUGGAGUAAGUUGUGAAGAAUUUAAUUAUCAAAGUAAAAAUGAUUCUAGUUUCACUGAAAACAUAAGUCAAAAAACAAACCCUUCACCAGAUAUUUCAUUGAAAAAUAAUUCUAGCAUAGAUAAUGAGAACAUUGAAACUAAGAAACUAAAAAAAAAGAAAAAGCACAAUAAAAGUUUAAAUUUGAUAGAAUUAAGUACCAAUAAUGAUACAGAAAUCAAAUCAUUUGGAGUAAGUCGUGAAGAAUUUAAUUAUCAAAGUAAAAAUGAUUCUAGUUUCACUGAAAAUAUAAGCCAAAAAACAAACCCUUCACCAGAUAUUUCAUUGAAAAAUAAUUCUAGCAUAGAUAAUGAGAACAUUGAAACUAAGAAACUAAAAAAAAAGAAAAAGCACAAUAAAAGUUUAAAUUUGAUAGAAUUAAGUACCAAUAAUGAUACAGAAAUUGAAGCAUUUGAAAAAACUUGCGAAGAAGUCAAUGAACAGAGUAUUAAUGAUUCUUAUUAUUGGAAAAAUAAAAGCCUAAAAAAAAAGAACGAAAUGAAUGCUUUAGCAGAUAUUGAAAAUGUUCCAACAAAAAAACGUAGAAAGAAGAAAAAUCAAGACACAGAAAACACAACAUUAGAAGUAGUUAGUGAACAAAAUAUUGAUGAUUCUGAGUUUAUGGAAAAUUUAAAUCAAACAAUUAAGUCUGAAAUAAAUACUUCAUCAGAUUUUUCAUUGUUAAAUAAUUGUAACCUGGAAAAUGAAAAUGUUCAACCUAAAACCCUUAAAAGAAAGAAAAAACAUAAUGAAAGUUUGAAUUUAUUAGAAUUAAGUAUCAAUAAUGAUAUAAAAAACAAACCAUUUAAAAAAACUUGCGAAGAAGUCAAUAAACAAAGUUUUAAUGAUUCUAAUUUCAGAAAAAGUAUAAGCCAAAAAAUUAAUUGUUCUUCAGAUAUUCCAUUGGAGAAUAAUUUUAGCGCAGAUAUUGAGAAUGUUGAUACUAAGACACUUAAAAUAAAGAAAAAGCACAAUAAAAGUUUAAAUUUGAUAGAAUUAAGUACCAAUAAUAAUACCGAAAUUGAAGCAUUUGAAAAAACUUGGGAAGAAAACAAUGAACAAAGUAUUAAUGAUUCUUAUUAUUGGAAAAAUAAAAGCCAAAAAAGAAAAAAUGAAAUAAAUGCUUUAGCAGAUAUUGAAAAUGUUCCAACAAAAAAACGUAAAAAGAAGAAAAAUCAAGACACAGAAUACACAACAUUAGAAGUAGUUAGUGAACAAAAUAUUGAUGAUUCUAAGCUUAUGGACAAUUUAAACCAAACAAUUAAGUCUGAAAUAAAUACUUCAUCAGAUAUUUCAUUGUUAAAUAAUUGUAGCCUGGAAAAUGAGAAUGUUCGAACUAAAACACUUAAAAGAAAGAAAAAGCAUAAUGAAAAUUUAAAUCCAUUAGAAUUUAGUACUAAUAAUAAUAGAGAAAUCGAUACAAUCAAAAGAAUUACCCUGAGAUCUGAUGAAAAAAUUUUAGAUAGUGAUAUAAAUAUUCCUAUGUGUAAUAGUAAAAAAUCUAAAAUACAUAUUGUAAGUACAUCAGACAUAAUAAAAGCUACUGAUUACAAUUAUAGUGUGACAAAAAAUAAAAAUAAUGUGUCUAUGACUUCAGAAAAAUAUAAUAAUAUAACUGACCAAAAAAUAUCUCAAAACAAUUGUAAUCUAAAAACUCUGUUAAAAUCCAUGGAAUCCAAUAAUUUUGAAGACGCAACAGACUCUUCAACUAAAAUUGAAUCCAAAUUUAAUUUAAUGACAUAUCUAAAAAAUAAAGACCCUUCAAUAAGAAAUCAUCCUAAAUAUAAACAAAUAAUUGAAAUUUUGUCAAAGAAAAUCAAGAAUGCUUUAAAUAAAAGUCAUCAAAUCACAGAUUCUGACGUUGUAUUGCUGAAAACAGUUGGGAGCAUUAUUUUGGAAAAAAUUGUUGAAAAAAUGAAUUUUGCACAGGAUAUAAAUGAUUUAGAAAUUACAUUACCAAUUGAAUGUAAUGAAAAUAAACUUCAUUUUAUUGAGACUACUUUAAGUAGACCUCCAUGCAAAGAAAAAAUGAAUAUUAUAAAGAAACUCAAUCCUCAGGUCAAACUAAGAGUAUUUAAUUCAGAAGAAGACAAUAUGAUUCGUGAAUAUUGGUCAAAAUUUCAAAAGGAAUAUAAUAUUUCAAAUAUUCUACCAUUCAUAUCUAAUGGUUUGGAAAUGGCUUUAAAUAAAUCAGUAAGAUUCCAAUUUAUUCGUUAUAUAUCGGCAGGACUUCCAAAUCGAUUAUUAAGUUCGGUUUAUAAUAGAUUCAAUAUUCUGUUCAAUGAAUAUCAAGAUAAAACACGUUUUAGUGAAGAAGAAGACCAAUUAAUUAUGAAAGUAGAAAAAUGUGAUGCAAUUAGUAACAAAUUUUCAGUAUUAAGCUUAAUUCUAAAUAGAUCUAGAUUACAACUUUACAGAAGACAUGGAGUUUUAAAAAAUCAGUAUGAAAAAUGUAAAAAAAUUUUUUGGGAUGAUCAAAAGCGUCAAGAACUAUUUACAAAUAUUCUAUUAGAAACAAACACAGAUAACUGGAAAGAUUUAAAAAAUCUAACAUUAAAAAAAAAUACAUUAAUUAAAAUUGCAAAAAACCUUGGUGAUGAUGUAACUUAUACAAAAGUUAGAAAUCAAUGGAAUUAUUUAUAUACCAUGUUAUUUUGUGAAAAGCCUAUUAAAAUGUUAACUUUAAGAUUAAAUAUAUUGGAGUUAUUAGAACAACAAAAUCCUAAACAUUUUUCGGAUGUGGAUUGGAAAGAAAUAACCAAUCAACUAUAUCCAGGUGCAAAUAGUAAACUUAUUUGUUCUUUUUUUCAUUCUUGGUAUGAUAAGAUAGUUCCAUCAGAUAUUAAAAAAAGUAUUAAAGAUACUUUGUUUUACUUAAGAAAACAUAAAGUAGAAAAAAUAAGAAAAGAAAUUUCUGAACGUGGUGAAAGAGAAUUUCCUAGACGUACAGUUCAAGAUUAUGAUUUAUUAGUUAAUAAUAAUGAAUAAAUAAUAAUUAAUCAAUAUAUAAGUACUUAUAUAACAUUACUGCAACGGCAUUACUUAAUUUGUAACGUGUUACGUAAUUUCAUUAGAAUUAUUUCCAAAGAACAAAGAUGUAAUGGAAAAUUACUUUCUUAGUAAUUUCUUUAACAUAACGCAUUACAGUCUCGAAUUAUUUACUACCUAUUGCAAUAUUGUGAAUUAAUAAAACAAAAACUUUUAAAAUGAUGUCUAUAAAGCGGAUAUUACUGUAUUAGGUAUACCAAUUUAAUAUUUAAAUAUUUAAUUUUAACUCACCACCAUGGUUUUGACAUGUAAGCGUAAAUCAAGAUAACAGUGAAUUAAAUUUAUUAUUUAAUUUAAUUCCUCUAAAUAUAUACUUACUUCCUACAUAGAAUGUUUCAAUGAAUAUCUUUAGCAUGGACCUAACUCUAUACCUAUUAUCUCAACACUAUUAACACUUAGCUAGUAGUCAUAUAAAUGCAGUAAAUACAAUUUAUUUUUAUUA